ACUGGGUUGACCUUUGCCCAGCGUACGUCACAGUCGUAAGGAGGAACACGAGUAACGAGUGUGCAGCAGUUGCAGGAAUUUACAGGAAAGAAAACAAACAAAGAAAGGAAAAAAAAAAAAAAAAAAGAAAGAAAGAAAGAAAGAAGAAGAAGACUGUAGAUUGAUCGUCACAUCACAGUGUACUGAGUGUAGACCUAAACACAAACACAUUCAUUCUAGGUUUCGGCCAAUUCAUCGUCAGGAUUUUCAGAUAUUUUAUUCUUUCGUGCCAGCCAUCUCUUUCGGGUGACCUUUGAGAAUUUGCCUCUUGCCCGGGUUGCCCCUCUUUUGGCCUGCUGGUCGCCGUUCAAUUAAUAUAUCCUUAGACUCCGUCAGACUGUCACACUUGUGACUUAUCUAUGCACAGCCUCCCUUUAAGUUACGGUUAAUAUUUCAGUCCCCGAAUGUCCCUUCGGUCCCUUCCGUCCCAGAGGGUUCCCCUUCACUCCCAUAGGCUCCCUCCACAGAGUCCACUGUCGUUCAGAAAAUUCGGCUUCCAAAGUUGUUGCAGAAGCCAGUGGGAAAUACCAAAUACCACCUUCGACAUUUCACAUGUCAAUGACGGGGCAUUGUGCGUGCACUUGGCCAUAGUUACGUUCAUAUACGUUGUGCCAAUCUGGGAGCUAUUUCAAUACGUACGGUAAUGCUAUCUUUUGUCAACUGCAUUCGGCGGUAAUUACGUUCAGGUUCAGCCAAGUUGAACUCCAACUGUGCGCAAGCAGCCAAGGUCCGGUCCAUUGUAAACAGAGCCACCAUCGUGCUGCUGUCGAAUCGGAGUCAUCGCCAUAAUUGACGCCACAGUCACUGCCAUUUCACCGCUGCCAAGCAUCAGCCUGAGGUGAAAUUGACCAUCGACAAAGCCUCCACUGUCCAGGGCCGCUCCGAUCUACAUUACAUUGUCAACGGGAUGCGGAUGAGGAUCCCUCUAUCCCUGCUCCCACCGCCUUCAAGCUCCCUCCCUCUCUUGGCCACAGCAAACGGAGCUAAAAUAUCAUUCAGGGGGGUGAUCGGAUAUGGCUGCAAAUUCCGUGACACGAGGAGGGAACAGGGAGAGGGAAGCCGACCGUCUCGAUCCGUAGUAGCAACUGCAAAGUCUGCAAUUGGUCAGACCUUCCAGUGGAAAAGCAGGACAAGCAGGAAAAUCCUUCACUACAGAUUGCUUGGCGUCGACGCGCCGUGGAGAAAUGGGCCAAAUGAUGGCAGAGUGAGUGCAACGACGGGACCACGAGAAAAAGGCAACAGCAGUUCUUAGUCAGCUUCAAGAGAGUCAGUGUGCAGCAGUUCGCAUAUCUUCCUUUGGCUCAUUUCUCGACGGGACCAAGGAAAGAGAAGGACACGCUGCCGACGCCAGACCAAGAAAUUUUCAAACCAGCCGAACAUCAGUAGCACAGCAGCAGCGAUGGCAGAUGGCAGACAGAAAAAAAAGGGGCAACCAUGAUACGAGAGUCUGCAUCUGUGAAAGAGUUUUCAUUUACUGAUCAGUGAUCUCCCUUUCGGUUCCAAACUCUGCAGCUGAUAGUCCAACAAAUUUUCAUUUAUUUAUCUGAGACUCCCUUCCUGAUCCAAUCGCUCUGGGACGGCCUCUACUCCCUUGCUUUUCACGCUGGCCUUUCCAUUGCUGCUGACCAGUCUGAGAGUGGAAGGUCGAGCCUGUGAGGUACACGUAAAAUGAAGCUCAGCCUGUUGGAGGAUCGCUCACUGACACUCACAGUCCCAUCGCACUCACACUCAUUCAUCAUGUCAUUCACAUUCAUUCAUGACCGGCGGAGGGGUAGUUAGUCACACUCGUUCAGGCCAAGUCAACGCCUUAAAUUUUCCGACCGGCGAUAGACUUUGAGGGUUUUGAGGGGUUUUGAGGGGGGUUGAGGGGUUUUGAGGGGGGUUUGAGGGGGUUUGAGGGGGGUUUGAGGGGGUUUUAGGGGUUUUGAGGGUUUUGAAGUUUCAUUCUCGUAAGUCAAACCAGGUUGACAAUGUCUGCUCGGAGUCUCAGAGGCCAUUUUUUAAAAGUCAACCCCUUCAUCAUCCUUUUCUGCUGGCACUACUUUAUCUAAGGAAUCGUACGGAUCGCCCUCUGGCCCUCUGGUGAGUCAGAGCUCUUCUACUCACAGUCUCACAGAGUCACAAUCUGCUCCAGGAUUACCUCUAAGUUUAACUUAGUGUUGUUUCGUAAAUUCCCUAGAAUUUCAAACUUAAGACGCAGGUUCGACACACUUCCACAAGCGCAUUCGGUAAAUGUUCCGGGGACUCGGAGGCAAGUUCGGUAAAUCUUCCGGCAAGGCAAAUCAGGCAAGUUCGGUAAAUCUUCCGGCGAGGCAAAUCAGGCAAGUUCGGUAAAUCUUCCGGCGAGGCAAAUCAGGCAAGUUUGGUAAAUCGUCCGGAGGUAAAACUUCCGGAGGCAAGUUCAGUAAAACGUCGGGGAUGUUUGGGAAAUUGGGAAAGCGUUAGUAGAGCUUCGGAGUCCGUCUAUGAUGUAAGAACGAUGGGCGAGCUUGUGGAAGUUAAAAAAACUACGGUAACUUUCAUAUUAACUGAGUUACUAGUUGGAGAACUGUUACAGUGACAGACUAGUAUGGUUUUCGGUAAAGGGUGAAAUUCAAUGUAAGUUAAAAAAAAAGUUACUGUAACGAUCCUGGAGUUUAACUGCAGUAAGUUGGACAAAUCUGGAGUGACUCAGAGUGAGAGUGGGGCAUCGGAGACUUCAGGGGUGCGUCUGAUCUGAUAACAGAAGGAAAACAGACCAGCUGAGGUCCUUCUGUUGUUGGAGUGUAAGUUCCCGCCUUGCCUGCAUAUUAGGCGAGGCUGAGUUUCAGCAAGACUGAGUUCUUUUUGAUUAAAUUAGUGUAUUUUUAAACAAGCGGUGUGUGUUACGUGUGUGCAGGGCGAGAGGAGAGAAGGAGAAUGAAGAGGAGGAGAAUGA